AUGGAACAGGCCCGCUAUGGGCUCGUUGUGCAGGCCCCGGCGGCGCUGGCGCGCGUCGUAGCCGCCUGCGCCGGAGCCGCCGCCGCCGCCAGUGUCCAGGCCGCCCUCCCCCGCGAGCAGCGCGAGGGUGUGCCGCUGCAGCAGCUGCACGCUUUCGGGGGGCAGCGGCGCCCCCCACUUGCAUGGCCGUCGCGCAGGAGGGCCUCCACGGCCCCCGGCGGCGGGGGGGCCAGCGCGCCGUCGGCGACGCCCGCGCAGUGCCCGGGCGCGGCGUCGGCUGCGGGCGCGGGGCCUGCGAGCGGCGCCGCCCUGCGCUCCAGCUCUUCGUCGGAGGCAGGCCGGCCGAGGCCGCCGCGGCCCGCCCUGGCGGGCAGGGCUUUUUUUCAUGUCCGCGUCCCCUGCGUCUAG